CGCCGGGCCUGGGUCUGCCCCCGCCCCAGCCCGGUGCACCGCAGCUGCCGCCCCCGCCAGGCAUGGCCUCGUCGGCGGAUGCGCGCUUUACGCUCCACGCGCCCCCGCCGUCGGCCACCAAGCCGGGCCCAGACGGUCUUCCCACCAAUGGCGGCCAUCGGGCCGGGCCCCCCGAUGGUGGCUACAUCGAUCCUGGCCGGGAACGGGAGGACAGUCUGUGGCGGUACAUCCGGACGGUUCACGACGAGCUGGGCGCGCUGAAAAGCGAGGUUGCGACGCUCCGCGCCCAGCUGGCGUCCCAUGCCGGUCCCACCGACCACAGCAACAGUCUCGCCGCCCCGGCGGUCUCAUCGGCACAACUGGCGGGACAUGAGACCAGUUCGGCCAGUCCGGCGCACCGGUGAGCGGCGACGUUUUGGAAUAUGCUCGCCUUUGUAGCCCGCACUCCCUCCAUUCUUUAUAAUAAUAUUUUUAUUUUUUUUUUAUCCAUUUUCCCUCUCCUGGCACCGCUCGACUGUCUCCUCUCUAUUGUGGUCUUUUUAUUCCCCCCCCUACAUCUUCAGUGUCUGGCCUAUACUCCUUCGCGGGAUUUUUUCCGUCCAUGCUCUUCCUUCCCUCUUUCUGGUCUCGCCAUCCGCCUCUUAUCGCUUUCAUGAUACGCCGAACUGAUGAUGAAAAUUGGAGUCUCCGAGACGCGAUCUUUCUGACACCGUGUGCCCUGACCCAUCCCGGCAUUCUGUCUCUUCACCCCCUGUCCUAUACGACGGUUCAUUUUAUUCUAUUCUCCUACAAGAUGCUUAGUUUCUUCUGCGUCGGAUUGUUGCUUGUAAUCAUCCUCCCGUCAUCUUUCCCCCACUUGCCUGUCUUAGCCUUCUUGUCUGUAUUGAGCAUGUUGUACGUAUUGCAUCAGCAUUAUCUUGUCGGAUCCAAGGAGCCAGGAGUCUAGGGGCACAAUCGGGUUCCUCUUUAUUUUCCUCGUCCUUCUUAUCUUUAUUCAUCUUCUAUCUAUCCUGUUAUCGCUUGAUAGUCUAACCGUUUUGGAUUUCUUUGUUCAUACUUUAUGGAGGCAUUAAUGCAACCGAUCAGAUCCACACAUACGAGAGAUCUUGGACAGAAUUAUCCAUUGAU